AUGUCUCAAUCCGUCACUCCGCCAUUAGGUUCAGCAGAUAUUGCUAAAUUAAGCAUUCCAACUUUGCCACAAGUUACCCCAGAACCACCAAAGCAAAAUGGAUUUUGGUCCUCAAACCCAGUUUUCAGUUACAUCAAUGAUGUUUAUAUUACCAUCGGCGAACACCGUAAGUCCUUAGGCUUAACCAACCCAGGUACAAUCGAAAACUUGAAUAAAGAAGUUUCUCGUGAUGUUUUCUUGAAUCAAUACUUUUUUACUGGUUUAAGAGCUGAUUUGAACAAAGCAUUCUCCAUGAUGCCAGCUUUCCAAACUUCUCACACCUUGAGUAUUGGCUCAAAUGUUUUGCCAGCAUACGCCUUUAGUGCUUUAUACGCUACUGAUGAUUACUUUUUGCAAGGAAAUAUUGACAACGAUUUUUCCUUCUCUGGAAGAAUCAACUAUGGUUGGGACAAAUCAAACAUUUCUAAGAUCACUUUGCAAUUAGCUCACGGACAACCAUCUAUGAUUCAAUUAGAACAAGAUUACCAAGCUAACGAUUUCUCCAUUAACUUAAAGACCUUAAAUCCAAAUUUCUUGUCUGGUAACGAGUUUAGUGGUGUUGUUGUUGGUUCAAUUUUGCAAUCCUUGAGCACUAAAUUAGCUGUUGGUUUGGAAACCAUGUACUCUAAGCAACCAUUAUCUCCACCAGACACUGCUGUUUCUUAUGUCGCCCGUUAUAACGCUGGUAACUGGAUUGCUUCUGCUCAACUUCAAGCCCAAGGUGCUUUGAUUGCCAGUUUCUGGAGAAAGGUUACUGACAAAGUUGAAGCCGGUUUAGAAACUCAAGUUGCUGCUACCAUGAAGCAAGUUGCUGAUCCAUUGAUGGGUAUUGGUUUUGAACCAGUCAUUGAAGGUCAAACCACCAUUGGUGCUAAAUACGAAUACAGAACUGCUGUUUUCAGAGGUCAAUUGGAUUCAAAGGGUAAGAUUAGUGCUUUCUUGGAAAAGAGAAUUUUACCAACUGUUUCUGUCUUAUUUUCUGGGGAAAUCGACCAAUUCAAGAACUCAUCUCGUUUAGGUUUAGGUUUACAAUUUGAAGCUGCUGGUAACGAACAAUUAAUGUUGAUGCAACAAGGUUUAGUUGACGCCAAUGGUAACCCAAUCCCAGGUGCUUCUGCCGCUCAAAUGUAA